AUGCAAGUCCCUUAUCAAGUAGCACUUUAUGAGAUGGAUUCGCAGGGAGUCUACUCCCUCCGAGAGAAUGAUAUCGAAAUGAUCGCCACGUCCGAUUCGGAUUUCGCCGUGUAUAACUGCAGAAACAUUUUAUAUGACAUGGAUGAGUUCGGAUGGGGAUAUUAUUAUAAUUCCCAAGAGGAUAUCCCUUUUAAUUUGGGAAUACCCGAGGAUGAAUAUGAUCCAGAGAUGAUAUUGAAGAUGGCGAUCUUGAGAGGAAACGACUUUCAUGGCGGGAUCCCUGGAAUUGGACCAAAAAAGUGCUUGGAAAUAACCAAAUCAGCUUCUGCGUUGGAUAUUGAGAGUCUCCUGCAAACUACUAAAGAAAUCUUCCCAGCAAUUUACUCCAAAAUCCCUGAUGUAGAUGCACUUCGAGAGGGACUACUAAAAGCAGAGUAUACAUUUAAACAUGCAACUGUAUUUGAUGCUACUACUGGACAACAGCUUUGUCUGACUCCUCCACCGACGCCCGAGCUGAAGCAGCAAAUACAAGUAUAUGCCGGUCCAUUUAAAGAUGCAAAUGCUGCUGCCAUGAUCUCUAAAGGACUCUUGCAUCCUAUUACGCAUUGUGCAAUCCCCAAUAUUAAGGAUCCGUCUGCCCCAGAUUCUGGAUAUGAUUCUUCUUGUUUCUGGAAUCCAGAUUAUAAGCGCCCUAGUGGAUUCAAAAUUUUCGAAAGGGGUCCCUUGAAGACUGCGGAGGAAUUGGGACUGGAUGAUAGAGAUUCUGCUCCGAGAAAGAAAAAGAAGAAGCAAAAGUAUGAGUGUACCGUUAAAGACUGCACAAAAUCAUUCAAAACUUUUGGGAGUUUGAAGCAACAUCUGAUUGUCCAUUCAGGGAAGCGUCACUUUGACUGCAGAAUCUGUGGAAAAGCAUUUAAACAGAAAUCAGUCUUGGAUAGGCACUCGGUCAUUCAUACCAAGGCCAAGCCAUUCAAAUGCAGUAUCUGUCAGAAGAGAUUCAGUUGGAGCGCAAACUAUUUCUACCACCUUCGGCGUCAUGAGGGAAUCAAACCAUUCCCUUGCAGAUACUGCAACAAAUCAUUCUCGCAACGACAACAUCUCACCGAGCACAUUAACAUCCACCUGGAUCUCCGACCAUUUGUAUGCAACGAAGAAGGAUGUGAAGCAUUUGCACAAUACGGGAACUUGUGGACGCAUAAGAAGACUCAUUUGGAGGAUCGGCCUUUUACCUGCAGCAUCUGCCAAGCUUCCUUUAAGCAAAAGGCUCACCUCGAUUCCCAUAAUAUUGCCAAACAUAGAACACCUGGAGGUCACGUUUGCAGAAUCUGCAAUCUGGUAGUUGCAUCCUCUGCGGAAUUAAAGAAACACACACAAAGCCACAACCCACCCACAUUCAAAUGUUUAUUCCCAGGGUGUGGGAUGAAAUUUAAGUACGCCAGCGCCCUCAAACGACACUCGGAUAACCAGAAAAAUCAUGAUUUCACCAUGAAGCGCUUCAAGUGUUCAGAACCUGAUGUGGAUGAACCAGACGAUGAAUGCCCACGAAGAUACAGCAGUCAGACAGCCCUCAAUCUACACAAGAGGAAUGAUCAUUAG